AUGUCAUCUACGCUUUGGAAGAUCCUCUCGUUUGUGGGAAUCAGGAGACAGGAUGAUUGUGACUUGUCGCCGAUUCCUGACGCAGAUCCCAUCAUGUACAGCACCCCAGAGAGACUCCCAACAAAGACUACAUCUCCUGGCCUGCGUGGAUCAAUCACCAAGAAGCACGUAACGUUUUCGCCCAAGGCGGAGAAUAUCCCCAUAUAUGAUCUCGUUCAUGCAGAUAUACCAAAGGGUGAGACCCCAAUUCGCCUUAUGCGUGAAUGUGCUGCGCGAGCCAGCCCCUCUGUGAACGAUGAGCUUACCUCUAGAAUUAACGAUCUCGAACAGCUUAUAGCCGAUAUAAAGGGUGAAAACGAGGCCCUCGUGGCUGAGAACAAGCGCUUACACACCGAGAAUAGAAUCCUGCACGAUGAAAGAAGGCGAUUGGCGAAUAGUACUGCAAGCGACAUAUCGUCGUGA